UGUUACUUGUUUUGUUUUGUUGGGCGUUGACUUCUAUUUAACUGUUGACGUCGUACAUCACAAAUUUAGUUUUUGAGACGUGGAUUAGAUUUAAUAAUAUUUGUGUUCUUCUAAUAAAACAUAAUGGAUAUUUUGAAUUCACUGCCAACGCAUAUGGAUUUUGAUGGCCAGAAAAGAGCAGAAAAACUUUCAAGGAUUAUCAUAACUUUAUUUGGGGCAGUGGGACUGGUGUGGGGUUACAUCAUCCAGCAGUUCUCCCAAACUGUCUACAUUGUAGGCGCAGGAUUUGCUCUUGCUGCAAUUGUGACCACCCCUCCUUGGCCAAUGUACCGCAGGAAACCACUGCCAUGGCAGAAACCUCGCAGUGAUAGUGAUGGUGAGCCUCACCAGAAACCCAAGAAGAAGAAAUAGUGAGGAAACUGUAUCUGUAAAAAAAUCCUUCCUGACUUUACAUUCUUGGGAUCUCCAAACUCUUAAGUUUAAGUUUCAAAAGACUUGUCAAGUUUCUUGUGAUUGGUGGUUUUGUUUGUUUUUGAUUGUCUAAUAAAGUAUUAAAAAGUUUUACAAUUUGU